CGCAGACGCAGUGAGAGAAAUGGAGGUCGGGUUGCGGCCGACUCUCGCGAAUUUGACCAAUUUCGGCCGCUUUUUGCGCUAAUAUCUGACGCCGGCGGGAUCAACGCACCCCCUGAACGUGGCGUCGACGCGGUGGGGCCGACGGUGGGGCCCGCGGAGUCGACACGGCGCCGCUGUCGAUCGCGCAACCAGCUGGGGUUGCGGAUCGGAGCAAAACACUCGGAGCUUCUAGCUGGUGAAAGUGGCACCAAAAGCAGGGUGGCCGCCCUCCUAGGCGCAGGAUGAUGAGGCCCAGGGGCGCCAGGGGCCUCUUCAGCAGGGUGACGGCCCAAAUAGAAAGAAUGGGCGUGGGUGGCGAGGGAGGCCACUUGCUGGCCGCCGUCGUGGUGGCCGCCUGCGUGGCCUGCUACUUGAAUUGCCUGCAGUGCAGCUUCGUCUUUGACGACGUCAGCGCCAUCAAGGACAACAGGGACCUCCGCCCCCACACACCCCUCGCCAACAUCUUCCGCAACGACUUUUGGGGCACACCCAUGCACAAGGAGCAAAGCCACAAAUCCUACAGGCCUCUGUGCGUCUUGUCCUUCCGACUCAAUUACAUGCUGCACCAGCUCGAGCCCUUAGGAUACCAUCUGGUCAACAUGCUCCUCCACUGCCUUGUCUGCUUCAUGUACUUCCGAAUGUGUGCCACAUUUUUAUCCGAACUGGCAAGUUUCGUGUCAGCUUUGCUAUUUGCAGUUCACCCCAUCCACACUGAAGCGGUGACGGGCGUUGUAGGUCGAGCGGAGACCCUUUCAUCAGUAUUUUUCAUCGCCGCCUUCAUGUUCUACACGCAGGCCACCAAAAACAGGCGACACACGAGGUGGCGGUCGCUUGUGUUGGCCUUGCUGUGCGUGGCCACGGCCAUGCUUUGCAAGGAGCAGGGCAUCACCAUCAUUGGCAUUUGCUUUGUCUAUGAACUCUUCGUUGUGCAAAAAGUUCGUCUACAAGACUUAAUACACACAUUAAAAGCCACCCUGGAAGGCAAAAACACCCCUCUGCCGUGGUCAGUGGAGACCAGUAAAAGACUAGCAGCCCUUGUGGGCUCGGCGAUUGCCCUGCUGGCGCUCAGAGUCCAAAUCAUGGGUGCUCGUCUUCCCGUUUUUACAAGGUUCGACAACCCAGCGUCGGCCGCAAGCACACCUGCCCGUCAUCUCACGUAUAACUACUUGCUGAGCGUGAACCUAGGUCUGCUGUUGCUGCCGUGUGACCUGUGCUGUGACUGGACUAUGGGCACCAUCCCCCUGGUCGCAAAUAUCAACGAUCCAAGGAAUGUGGCCACCGUGGCCGCGUACCUCUUCCUCAUCAUGCUCACCUACGUUGCCGUGACUUCGGAAAAUCAACAGCAAGCGACUGCCCUUGUCAUGAGCCUUGCCUUCAUGGUCUUGCCCUUCCUGCCUGCAUCGAACCUGUUUUUCCCGGUCGGCUUUGUGGUGGCCGAGCGCAUUUUAUACAUGCCCUCGAUGGGCUUCUGCAUGCUGGUCGGCUACGGCUGGUCACAACUUGCGUCACAAGCAAGACUGAAAAAGUUUGCCUGGUUCAUGUUGGGGCUUCUGGUCCUCACCCAUGGCUGCAAGACUUACCUGCGCAACCAGGACUGGCAGGACGAGUACACCAUCUUCAGCUCUGGCCUCAAGGUCAAUCACCGCAAUGCCAAACUGUACAAUAAUGUGGGACAUGCCCUUGAAGGCCAGGGCCGCUUCGGGGAGGCACUUGGUUUCUUCCAAACUGCUGUCAGGGUUCAGGAGGAUGACAUAGGAGCACACAUCAACGUUGGCAGGACCUUGAACCACCUUAAAAUGUACAAAGAGGCUGAAGAUGCGUACUUGAAAGCAAAAGAACUGUUGCCGAAAGCAAAGCCUGGAGAGUCGUACCAGGCGAGAAUAGCGCCAAACCACCUGAAUGUGUUCCUGAAUUUGGCGAAUCUGAUUGCAAAGAAUGAGACGAGACUGGAAGAGGCAGACAUGCUGUAUAGGCAGGCCAUCAGCAUGCGAGCCGACUACACGCAGGCGUACAUUAACAGGGGAGACGUACUCCUAAAACUCAACAGAACAAAAGAGGCGCAGGAGGUUUAUGAAAGAGCACUUUUCUACGACAGCAACAACCCAGAUAUUUAUUACAACCUUGGUGUUGUCUUCAUCGAGCAGGGCAAGUCGUCUCAAGCCUUAGCCUACCUGGACAAAGCUCUUGAGGUUGACCCUGACCACGAGCAAGCCCUGAUGAACUCGGCCAUCCUCCUGCAAGAGUUGGCCAGACCUGAAUUCAGGCAGUUGGCCAGGGAGCGGCUGCUUAAGCUGCUGACCAAGGAGUCCGGCCACAACGAGCGUGUUUAUUUCAACCUCGGCAUGCUAGCCAUGGAUGACAACGACAUCGCCGGUGCUGAGUACUGGUUUAGGAGGGCCAUUGCGCUGAGGGAGGACUUCCGCUCAGCGCUUUUCAACCUGGCACUGCUUCUGGCCGAUGACCAUCGGCCUCUGGAAGCGGCGCCUUUCCUCAACCAGCUGGUCAAACACCACCCCGAUCACACCAAAGGGCUCAUAUUGCUUGGUGACAUCUACAUCAACUUUAUCAAGGACAUCGAUGCUGCAGAAUUGUGUUACAAGAGGAUUCUGCAGAUCGAACCCAAUAACGUCCAGGGUCUGCACAACUUGUGCGUCGUUUAUGUUGAGCGUGGAAAUUUGGUGCGUGCCGAGGCUUGCCUGCGUCACACCCUGCAUCUGGCGCCGCACGAAGAGUACAUUCUGCGGCACCUAAAGAUUGUGCAGGCAAGACUGGCCAAACUGAGCGAGCAGCAAAUCAACGAGCAGCGGGCGCACCGAGACCCAGACUACGACAACUUCAUGGCUGCCCUGCAGGCCAACGAGACAAAAUCCUAGUGCAGAUUAUUCGUUAGUUACUCCUAAUUUUUCACUCACUUUCUACGACUAGUCAUUCGGCAUCUACUGUGCUAGGUUCAAAUUUUUUAAAUCUUUGCUUUUUACUUUUUGGUCACAAUUUAACGCGCCUCUUCGGAGCAAAGAAUCCCACGGACAAUCAGUUCUACUCGAAACGCGGUUGUUGCAUUUUAUAUGAGACCUUUUUGCACACUUGAACGGCUGCGAAUCAUGCUACGAUCAACAUAGACUUACUCGACGAGAUGAUUUCUGAAUAGCAAGAGAGAGAUAAAAUUAUAUUGAUGUUAAAUUAUUGUGCCUUGUGAGAAAAAUGAAUUAUUUAGCGAGCAUAUGUGCGAAGAAACAAUUAUCAGAACAAAAAUUUAUGUGACUCACGCGCAACCGCAGAAAUUUUUUAUGUCUACGGAUAAAGCAAAUUACGAUGAAAGAGAAAGGAUAAAUAUUUUUCUAUGUUGACAGAGAGUAGAGGUUGCAUAUGGAAAUAAUAUAAUGAUAUAAAAGUAUUCUAUAAAUGGAUUCAUGUUGUGAAAUUAACGCUAUCAUUCAGAGAAAAGUGAUAAUGCUUUACUUAACAUACUCAACAACACAGAACAUUCCUCAGAUGUGCAAUUAUUCUAUUUUAUUUUCAUACAAAACAAAAAGUAACAAUGAAUUGAAAAUUGAUGUCCUCAGUUUGCAUUUUUGAUUGAUUUCACUGCAUUUACGAAAAGAAGAUGGUCCAAAACAAUCAACAAAACGAGAUGUUCUGUGAGAAAAAGUAGUUCAGUGGAGUAGAUUUUAAAGAUAGGCAACGCUGGCUAGAUACACGUAAUUGCUCUGUGGAUGUUGCAUUAAUCAAUUCCCGUGAUGGUGUCCCUGAUGUUGAGAAAUUAAAAAUUCGUUUCCAUCGAGACUUAAAAAGAAGUAAAAACUGCCUCACACUAAAUGUUGUUUUUAACAAAAGAAAUAUCUAAAGAUGCAGAGUAUUAUAACAGAAGUAUAUAUGAAGAGCAUAUAUUUUUUUGAAGAAACCACCCCACCGAUAAAAAUUUUCCACCCACCUGUUUUCAUUCAACAACCACUGUACAUAAGAAUGGGACAUUGAUCACGAGAGAAAGAGGUACACACUUGAGGACUAUGUUUGGUAGAGGAGCAGAGUGUUGUAAAAGAGUUUUGAUGUGGUGUAAAAAACAAAAGCAGACCCUCAGCAGCUACGUAUUCUGUGUUAAACGUCACUCACGCUAAAAUUGCUGGAUGUGAACCCUGUCCUUACAAGUUUCGUUUCCUUCUUACUGGUGGUCUCAAUU